AUGUGGUCUUCCCCUCGUGCCCGUGCCAUGCCACGGACAUGGACAAGCCUUGUCUAUCUUUUAGUCGCAUUCAGUUGCUUGUUCAUUCCCGUCUUAACCGUCAAGGAGAACGACUUCAAGAAAUGCCAUCAAUCCGGCUUCUGUAAACGAAACAGAGAAUACGCAGACUCCGCCGCUGCUGCGGGCUCGACCUGGGCCGCGCCCUACAACCUCAAUGCUGAUUCCGUCUCCUUCAAGGACGGCCAGCUCCAGGGCACCAUUCUCAAGUCCCUCGCCGACGGCGCCGAAUCCAUCCGCCUACCGCUUACCGUUUCCUUCCUCGAGUCCGGUGUCGCUCGUGUCGUAGUCGAUGAAGAGAAGCGCCAGAAGAAUGACAUUGUGCUUCGCCAUGACAGCCAAGCUCGCAAGGAGCGGUUCAAUGAGGUCGAGAAGCUUGCCAUUGUCGGUGGUUUGACCCUCGACAAGGACGCCAAGGUAACUUCCCAAGAUUCGAAUGGCAUGGUCAUUCAAUACGGAGGGUCAAAACACGAGGCGCACGUCAACUUCUCGCCCUUUUCCAUCGACUUUAAGCGCGACGGCGUCUCCCACAUCAAAUUCAAUGACAAGGGCUGGAUGAACGUCGAGCACUGGCGACCAAAGGUUGACAAGCCUGAGCCGGAGAAGAAGGAAGGCGAGGAGAACAAGGACGCGGAACCUGAGAGCGACGAAGAAAGCACCUGGUGGGAAGAGACAUUUGGUGGAAAUACCGAUUCCAAGGCCAAGGGACCCGAGAGCGUAGCCCUCGACAUUACCUUUUUAGGCUACAGCCAUGUCUUCGGCAUCCCUUCUCAUGCCACUUCCCUGUCCCUCAAGGAGACCCGCGGCCGCGAGGAUGGCCAUUAUUCUGAGCCGUACAGGAUGUACAACCUCGAUGUGUUCGAGUACAUUCUCGACAGCCCCAUGACCCUCUACGGAUCGAUCCCGCUGAUGCACGCCCACAACAUGGACUCCACCGUCGCCGUGUUUUGGCUAAACGCCGCCGAGACCUGGGUCGAUGUCACCAAGUCCAAGGACGCGACGAACCCCAACGCUCUGGGUGCGGAGGCCAAGACCAAUACCAACACCCACUGGAUCUCCGAGAGCGGGCUCUUGGACGUCUUUGUCUUCCUCGGCCCCACUCCCAAGGACAUUUCCAAGGUCUACAGCGAGCUGACGGGUACUACUGCCAUGCCUCAGGAGUUUGCCCUCGGCUAUCAUCAGUGUCGAUGGAACUACGUCUCCGACGACGAUGUCAAGGACGUCAAUCGCAAGAUGGACAAGGCUCGCAUGCCCUACGACGUUAUCUGGCUCGAUAUCGAGUACACUGAUGACAAGAAAUACUUUACAUUCGACAAGGACAGGUUUGUCGAUCCAAUUGGCAUGGGCGAGACGCUUGAAAAGCAGGGUCGCAAGCUCGUGACCAUUAUCGACCCCCAUAUCAAGAACACCAACGACUAUCACGUCGUGUCGGAGCUCAAAGACAAGGAUCUUGCCGUCAAGAACAAGGAGGGCAAUAUUUUCGACGGAUGGUGCUGGCCCGGCUCCUCGCACUGGAUCGACAGUUUCAACCCCAAGGCAAUUGACUGGUGGAAGAGCCUGUUCAAGUACGACAAGUUCAAGGGCACCCGCGAGAACACUUUCAUCUGGAACGACAUGAACGAGCCGUCCGUAUUUAACGGACCCGAGACGACCAUGCCCAAGGAUAACCUUCACCACGGCAACUGGGAGCACCGCGACGUGCACAAUCUCAUGGGAAUGACGCUUCACAACGCUACCUACCAAGCCCUUCUUUCGCGCAAGUCCGGCGAGCUCCGCCGACCCUUCGUCCUCACGCGCUCUUUCUACGCCGGCUCUCAGCGAUUCGGCGCCAUGUGGACGGGCGACAACCAGGCCUCCUGGGAACAUCUCGGCGCGGCCAUUCCCAUGAUUCUCAGCCAAGGUAUCGCGGGCUUCCCCUUCUCUGGUGCUGAUGUCGGCGGCUUCUUCGGCAACCCUGAUAAGGAUCUCCUCACGCGAUGGUACCAGUCGGGCGCCUUCUACCCCUUCUUCCGCGCGCACGCCCACAUCGACUCUCGCCGCCGCGAGCCGUACUUGACCGGAGAGCACUACAACACCAUCAUUUCUUCCGCUCUCCGACUCCGCUACAGCCUUCUGCCCGCGUGGUACACGGCCUUCUUCCACGCCCACCGCGACGGAAGCCCCAUCGUGCGUCCCAUGUAUUGGACCCACCCCACCGAGGAAGGCGGCUUCGCCAUCGACGACCAGAUCUUCCUCGGCAGCACGGGUCUGCUCGUCAAGCCCGUCGUCGAGAAGGAUAAGGUCACGGCCGACGUCUACAUCCCCGACGACGAGGUCUACUACGACUACUUCACCUACGACGUCAUUCCCACGCAGAAGGGCAAGACCGUCACCGUUGACGCGCCGCUGGAGAGUAUUCCUCUUUUCAUGAGGGGCGGACACAUCUUCCCGCGCCGCGACCGGCCUCGACGGUCCAGCUCCCUCAUGAGGUUCGACGACUACACGCUCGUUGUGUCCGUUUCCAAGGCGGGCGCCGCUGAGGGAGAGCUCUACGUCGACGAUGGAGAUUCGUUCGACUACGAGAAGGGUCAGUACAUCUAUCGCAAGUUCGCGCUCGACGGAACAUCCAUCACCUCCGUCGACGGUGACGGCGAGGCCAAGAGCACCGUUAAGCCGGGUACCUGGAUGAAGCAAAUGAAGGACGUCGCCGUCGACAAGAUUGUCAUCGUCGGCGCCCCGGCCUCGUGGGAUAAGAAGGAGGUCGAGGUCGAGUCGCGCGGCAAGACUUGGAAGGCGCCCGUACAGUAUUUCAAGGGGAAGGGGGGUAAGGCGUCGUUUGCAAUUGUGGGUAGGGUUGGUGCGGCGAUUGGGGAGGACUUUACUGUGAGGGUUGCCAUGACGCGGACGGCUUUCGUGACAGGCGCUACUGGCCUGCUAGGGAGGCAGCUUGUCCGGGGGUUUGAGGACCCGGGUAGGAAUUGGAGUGUCAAGGGGACUGGGCUGAGUCGUGCAGAUGGGGUUUCUGUGUUGCGCGUUGAUCUUCAGAAGGUGGGCGAGGUUGAGGCAGCUCUCGAUGAAGUAAAGCCGCAAGUCAUUGUCCACAGCGCAGCAAAUCGCUUCCCCGACAAAGUCGACAAAGAUCCCGAGGGGACAAAAGCCCUCAACAUCACCGCCACACGCACCCUCGCCCGCCUCUGCGCCGCCCGCUCCAUCCUCAUGAUCUACAUCUCGACCGACUACGUCUUCCCCGGCCGCCCCGGCGAGGCCCCAUACGAUGUCGACGCGGAGCCCUCACCGACGAACCUCUACGGCGAAACCAAGCUCGGCGGAGAACGGGCCAUGUUGGAGGAGUUCGAGAGGGCGGGGAAGCGGGGGUGGGGCGUGGUGCUGAGGGUGCCGGUGUUGUACGGGGAGGCGGAGGUGCCGGAGGAGAGUGCGGUGAAUGUUUUGCUGAAUGCGGUUUGGGGGGCGGCGAGAGGGGGUGAGAAGGUGAGGAUGGAUAAUUGGGCGGUGAGGUAUCCGACCAAUACGGAGGAUGUGGCGCGGGUUGUGGCCGACGUUGCGACGAAAUACCUCGAUACGCAGGACAAGUCGACAUUACCGCGCAUCCUCCACUUCUCGAGCGAGGAUAAAACGACGAAAUAUGGCAUGUGCCAACUCUUCGGACGCAUCAUGGGGAUCUCGACGGAAAACGUGAUACGGAACGACGAGGGGAAUGAUUCGUCGGCGAGCGUUCAGCGGCCGUACGAUUGCCAUUUGAACACGAGGGCGUUGAAGGAGUUGGGGAUUGAUGUGCGGACGGUGGAGUUUGAGCAUUGGUGGAGGAGGGAGUUGACGUUUAGGAAGUAG